AUGGCAUCCCGAGUAAUAAAGAGAUCAACAAAACCCAACAACCGCCACCUCCCACGUGUUCUCUGCCUCCACGGUGCUGGGUCAUCAGGAGCCAUCUUUCGCAUCCAAACCCGAGCCCUACAAAAAGCCCUUCAGCAUCACUUCAGGCUGAUCUUUCUCGACGCUCCCAUCGAGUCAACACCAGGCCCAGGUAUCCUCCCUGUAUUUGAGGGUGCAGGCCCGUACUUUCGCUGGACCGACACCGAUGCCAACAAAGCAUGGAAAGUAAUUCAGCAAGUGCUGAACAACCCCGACGGGGCUCCCUUCGUUGGCAUUCUUGGAUUUUCGGAAGGGGCCACUGUCAUUGCGGACAUUCUGCAUCGACUCCAGAAUGAUGACGGAGCAGCAGCAGUAAUACCUAGGUUGGGUUUCUGUGUUCUCAUGGCGGCUACCAUGCUACAUAUAGAAUCUCCCCCUCUCGAUGCGAGAAUCCAAAUGCCGACUAUACAUGUGCAUGGUAGCUCGGAUCAUGUCCUUGAAGAGUGCAAGCAACUGUUGACGGAAUUCUUUGAUCCCACCUGUUCUGAAGUGCUUCGAUGGGAGGGGCCACACGAGGUCAUGGUACAAAAGGCUGAUUACUCAAAGUUUCUGUUGUACCAAAAAUGGCUUCACCGGCGUGAUGAUCAAGAGGAUUACUACACGACCCAUGGCGUAGGUCAGCAGAAUUAA